AUGCCUCAGGAUAUGCCGCCCGUGGGGGGUUACCAGGCUGUGCAGUACAAGAAACAGCGCAACUUGCCCGCCCGUGGAUUCCGCCCCGGCACAAUGUUGAUCGGUAUGGGACUGGUGAUGGGAUACGGAUGGUAUCAGUUGACCAAGGGUAUCCGGGAAGCCAAGUACACAGAUGCUGCACUGCUCAACGGGAGGCAGCAGGCAUGGAUACCAGAGGCACGCAACGACGAACAUACACCUAGGGAGGAAUGGGGCAAUCAGACGGGACACGUGGUUUCGAGGAGGACAGUGCUGACAAGACACAGCGAGCUGGCGAGAGAGAAGAUGUGGGCGCGCAUUCACCUUAUCCCCCUCCUCCAAGCCGAGGAGGACCGCGACCAGGUUCGUAGGUGGUACGCCGACCAGGCGAGAGAGAAGGAGCUGUUGGGCGAGAACACCAAGGUCUACCACAACGAGAGAUUCGUUCGUCCUACCUUUGCUCUUGCGCCGCAGAGCAAGAAUUAG